AUGCUGAAAUUGGCUGGUUUGCUUUUCUUUUUUAUUGAAAAAUGCUUGUCAUGUGUGUACAUUUAUCCGUACGAAUUUUUGCCGAGUUUGCCAAUUCUGGGCGCAGAACUUGCUACUGGCGGUAUGGGCAACUUUAACCAAGGUGUUUGUGUUGCCCCACAAGUCUACGUGGGCGAAAUACCUACGCACAUGAUUCUCGACUUUGCUUGGUAUUGCUCUAAUGAUGGAUCGGUGCCCGAUUUGUUGGACUGUGACCUAACUACAUCGAAUGUCCCGUUCACUGUCUCAAAAGAUAAAAUGAGCAAUUUCGAGAGUUGCCAUACAAUCUUAAACUUUGAUAAAUUGAUCUGGAAAAUGUGCUCUUGGAACUUCACGGUCAACGAGUUUGAUUUGAACUGGAAUCCGGAAAUCUCGACAAAAUUUGGGCCAUCUGUCGCCUUUCUGAUACGGAUAACUGAAUGGACGAGUGAGCUUCACGAAUAUCAGAUGAUGGUUGUGCCGGAAAUGAUGUCCACAUUCGAGAUUCAAAUCGUUGAAAACGAUCGUCCAAUUUGGCUUACCGUGCUUUUCUUGGAGAGCGGAUUGCGCUUCUUGAAAAACAUUCAAUCGAAUCCACCAAAUCCAAACUGUUCUUACAAUUUUCUCGUAAUGGGACCAGCUGGAAAUGAUGCUGAUGGAGACUAUCCAUACUACGAUCCAAAAACCUAUUUGCUUAACAUCAGCGAAUCAGAGCCAUUUGUCGAGCAAUUUCUCGAGGUUCAGUUCUAUUCAUUAGAGAUUCUCGCCAAAUGCACACCAAAGAUUGUGCUGGAUACAACGGAUAAAAAAGCUCCCGAUUGGUAUGAAGAAAAACAAGAAUUAUGCGAUGGAACAGCCGUUGUCACCUCACAGGCCUAUUAUGAUUCCGAUCGCACACCCGACGCUGCCUACACUCUCAAUCGAAACAUCUUUUGCAAUGAUGAACCAAUCGAUGUGAUCGUUGAUUUGAUUGGCAUUCUUGACGAUGUGCCUCUAAAUAUAACUUGUUAUGAUAGUGAAAAGAAUACUAUAAAUUUCACUCAAGUUCGGAAAGAUUCAACAGACGGCUACAUAUUCUGGGGAAUCAGCUCGAUUCAGUUUGAUUGGAAAUGGAGUACCUUUUGUCCAUACGAAAGAUUCGGAAUGGCCGUCCAAAAAAUCUAUAAAUCG